AUGGUGAUCUUGAUGUGCCCGAUAAAGAAGAGGCGCGAGUUCUACCGCCACCUCGUCGAAUACGAAUGGGAGGCGGUUUGCGGCGCCUUCUGCUACAUGUUCCUGUCGCCACACUGUGGACCGCCGGAGACUUUGAAGAGGAUCUGCGACUGCCUCCUCUUCCUCGAUGCCGAGGCGUCAUCGAAGGUGGAGCUAGAUGUCGAGACGGCGGAGGAGAUGCAUCAGAUGAAUGCCAAGCUCCAGCAGACCGCCGUCGCAAUGGUCGAGUACCUGCGAGACUACGAGCAGGAGGAGCUGUGGUACAGCGAGGUCGGCGCAGAAAUUCUGGCUGACUUCCAGUUUGUAGAUGCUCGGCUGUUCUUCUUUCGGCCGCGGCUGCAGCGGAUUCUGUGCGACAUGUGGCAUCCGAAGUACGACCAUGUCAGCGACUGGGAGUACAUGUGCUACGUGCUGAAGUUUCAUGCCGGCAACAUCAUGGGGCUCAUUUUGCUGAUUCCCUGCGCACUGUGCCCGAGUCUGGAAAGUUAUGUGUACAACAGGAAAAUCUUGAUGGAGAGAGAUAUACGAAAGAAGCGAGAUGAGGAUCGGCAGAAGAUUGAGAGGGAGGCCAGCGAGGAGAAAUCGCGGCGAAUGACCUGGAAAGCCAAAACACAAGCGGACACCAUCAACGGAAAGAAGCAAAAGGAAAUCACCGAUCUUUGGAUGAACAGCUGCCUGACGAUCCUGCUUCCGCGCCAGAAGAAGUACCUCGCAAUCUUCACGAACCUGGCCUUUGUGGCCUUCCUGGUGCUCUACGACCCCAAUCAGGGCUACGCCUUUACGAUUCUGAUGCUGAGUGGCGGAGCUUUGUACUCCGAGAUUCUGCAACUCUUGGGCUCCGGCAUGACGCCGAAGGCGAUUGAGAGGAGCAUCCGCCUCUGGCUGAUGGACAGGGUGAACAUCGCAGAGUUCAUCGCAUUUGGGUUCAUUUGCAUCAGCUGCAUCUUCCGCCUGAUCCACGAGUCCCAGGAAGGGGAGGAGCCGAACUACAUCCAAGCCAUGUGGGCGUGCGGCGUCUUCUUCAUGGGCAUGUCGCAGGGCGUGAGCCUCCUGAGGAUGUCGUCGGUUUACGGACCCCUGGUGUCGAUGAUGGUGCAGAUGAUCGUGGACAUGAUUCGAUGGAUUGCUCUAUUGCUGCCCAUCAUUGUCAGUCUCGUCGGCGCGUUCAUCACGCUCUUCAAGCAGCGGAGUCGGGGCGGCAGCGGCGCGGAGAACUGGGCGCAGGACACGUCCUGCGCGAUGUUCCAUCCCGCGACAGCAGACUGGUUCACUGGUGUCUUGCUGCUCUUCGAGAUCCAGAUCGGCAAAGACGUGCCGUUCGAUUGCCUCGAGGCAUCACCACACGCGACCGUCGCGCCGCAGAUGCUGAAUUUUGGUCUUUGGCUCAUCGUCAUUCUCAUGCUGAACAUGCUGAUUGCCAUGAUGGCGAAGACCUUCGAUCGAAUCUUUGAGAAGUCCAUGGUGGACUACCAAUACAACUUUGCCGGAUUCGUCUUGCAGAUGCGGCAAGAGCACGCUGUGCCCCCUGUCCUCCGUCUCUUCAGCCUUCCCUGGACGCUGGGGAAGAACAUCUACUUGCAGACGUGUGGCAGAGAAAAGGAGGACAAAACCAGAGGCACAAGUGUCAAGCGCUACAACCUGCGCGAGUCCUUCUUCAAGGAUUCCGCCGAGGCUGUGAAAGACCGGGAGGCCACCCCAGGUCAGAGCAGCGCAGUCAUCAACCCCACGAACCUGAAUGCCGGUCUUGAGGCACCUUUGACGGACGUUGUGGCGCCGGCAGAGGGCAUGCUUGAGCCGGGACCCUCCGUUCAGGCCCCCUCCCAGAACAAGACAAUGGAGACGUAUGAGCUCUCGGUGCAUAUGUCAAAGCUGGUGGAGAAGUUUCUCGAGGAGCAUGAUUCGGAUGCCGCCUUCCAGGAUGAGCAGUUUCGGCGGCAGGUGGCACAGAAGCUUUGGAAGCUGGAUUCCCACGUCGAGGAUCUCAUCGACUUCUGGAAAGUCAACACCCGCCGCAGCUACAAGGCCCAACGCGCACAGCUGCGGAAGAAGCAGCUCUUGAAAAACGUCUCCUCGGCCCUGGCAGACAAGAUGAAGUCUUCAAGAGGCUUGAGCAAAGGAGCCAAGAAGAUAAACAAAGCCUUGUUUAACCUUCAGGUCAGCAAGCUUGGCAAGGACACAGAGUAG